GGCCGCGCCCUCCGGCCACUCCCCGGGGAGAGCGGGCAGCGGCCGGGCAGCUACUAAGCAGCUCCCCCAGCGCUGCGCUCCCGCCCCGCCGCUGGCGCCUCCGCGGCCCAUGUCCUCGGUGUUGCUGCGCUCGUCCCCCCUGAGGCCCCCGAGGAUGAAGAAGGAGGAGUCGUUCCUGGGCAAGCUGGGCGGUACGCUGGCGAGGAAGAAGAAGUCCAGGGAGGUGAGCGACCUGCAGGAGGAAGGCAAAAAUGCCAUCAACUCGCCGAUGUCCCCUGCCUCGGUGGACCUGCACCCUGAGGACACCCUGCUAGAGGAGAACGAGGAGCGCAGGAUGAUCGACCCCACCUCCAAGGACGACCCCAAGUUCAAGGAGCUGGUCAAGGUCCUCAUCGACUGGGUCAACGACGUGCUGGUGGAGGAGCGGAUCAUCGUGAAGCAGCUGGAGGAGGACCUCUACGACGGCCAGGUGCUGCAGAAGCUCCUGGAAAAGCUGGCGGGCUGCAAGCUGAACGUGGCCGAGGUCACGCAGUCAGAAAUCGCGCAGAAGCAGAAGCUGCACACGGUGCUGGAGGCCGUGCAGGACCUGCUGCGGCCGCACGGCUGGGCGCCCCAGUGGACCGUGGACGCAAUUCACGGGAAGAACCUGGUGGCCAUCCUCCACCUCCUCGUGUCGCUGGCCACGCACUUCCGGGCCCCGAUCCGCCUCCCCGAACACGUGUCCGUGCAGGUGGUGGUCGUGCGGAAGCGGGAAGGCCUGCUGCAUUCCAGCCACGUCACGGAGGAGCUGACCACGACCACCGAGGCGAUGAUGGGUCGGUUUGAGCGGGAUGCCUUCGACACCCUCUUCGACCACGCCCCGGACAAGCUCAACGUGGUGAAGAAGUCGCUCAUCACGUUUGUGAACAAGCACCUGAACAAGCUGAACUUGGAGGUGACGGAGCUGGAGACCCAGUUUGCAGACGGCGUGUACCUGGUGCUGCUGAUGGGGCUGCUGGAGGACUACUUCGUCCCCCUGCACAACUUCUACCUGACCCCGGACAGCUUCGACCAGAAGGUCCACAACGUGUCCUUCGCCUUCGAGCUGAUGCUGGACGGAGGGCUCAAGAAGCCCAAGGCGCGGCCGGAAGACGUGGUGAACCUGGACCUCAAGUCCACCCUGCGGGUCCUCUACAACCUGUUUACCAAGUACAAGAGCAUGGAGUGAGCUCGGCGGGGCGCCCCCGCCCUCCCCACGGCCUGCAGUUCCGCCCCCCACCCCCGCCCUCCGGCCGACCUCCUUUCCGCGUGAUCUGAACUCGGGGCUCCCGGCUCCCGCACCGGGGGCUCCUCCGGGAGCUGAGUCAGGUUGUCGGCCUGGAUCGGAACACGAGCAGGGAAAAGCCAACGAAGCCGGAACCAAACAACCCCUCAGGCCCCCGGGGGGGGCACCCCGCGCCCCUCGGACAGCGGCGCCGCUGGGGCCGCAGCAGCCUGUGGCGGGCCAGGCGGCCCCUCCCGGGAGGGCUGUCCUCGGAAGGGGGCCUGUCUGGUGCAAAGCGCUUCUGCCGCGGCAGGAGCCUUCCCCCGAGUCCCCCCUCCCCAGACGCCCUGGGUCAUUUUCCUUUCCUCGUUGCCCCGGCGUCUAUGACCCGGAUGAGCAGCCAGCAGCUGCCCACAGGGAGGGACGGACGCGUGGAAGGAAUGACUGUGUUUCUUGCCGUGGGGCUGGGCUGGGCGGGAGCCGGCCCGGGGGCGUGUCCUGUCCCACCUCAGCACCCAGGUGGCCACCUCCUGCCGGCUGACUGCGUGAGGCCGAGGCUCCGGAGGAGGGUGUGACCCAUUAUCCAAAUUAUUUGCGUUCUUGUUGGCGCACAGGUGAGGGCGUGCCUUCCGCACACCCCGGAGGACCCCCAGGGAGCUGUGGGAGGCUCACUGUCCUCCUCCCACGUCCCUGUGUGGGUCAGCGUCCACCGCAGGGCCUCGGCGGGGGGUCCUGGG